AUGUCACACACGUCGGAAGAGGAAUCCCUGAACAACUUCCAGCAGCAGGCGAAGCUAGAAGCUUGUGCGGCUGGGUCAAGCAAAGGUGACACUGUCAUGCCUGUAGUGAAAAAGAGACGAGGUCAUCCAGGAAAUCUAGAUCCUGAUGUGGAAGUAGUGGCUUUGUCACCUAAGACACUGCUAGCAACAAACAGAUACAUAUGUGAGGUCUGCCACAAGGGCUUCCAGAGAGAUCAGAACCUCCAGCUUCACAGGAGAGGCCAUAACCUACCAUGGAAGCUGAAGCAGAGAAGCAGUACCGAAGCUAAGAAGAAGGUGUAUGUCUGCCCUGAGCUCACCUGUCCUCAUCAUGAUGCAAGCCGAGCUUUGGGUGAUCUCACAGGAAUAAAAAAGCACUACUCCAGGAAGCAUGGGGAGAAGAAGUGGAAGUGUGAUAGGUGUUCAAAGAAGUAUGCUGUUCAAUCGGACUGGAAGGCUCACACCAAGAUAUGUGGCACCAAGGAGUACCGAUGUGACUGUGGAACAAUCUUCUCAAGGAAGGACAGUUUCAUCACACAUCGAGCCUUCUGUGAUGCACUGGCUGAGGACAACUCCAGGGUUAACCACAGCCUUGCUACAAUGGUGGGAAGUCUGCAUGGUCAUCAGCAGGAUAUCUUUUCGCAUGCAGUACCUACCUUCUCCACUUCACCAACUGAUGUGAUAGCGAACUUGUCUAGCAAUGACCAUAAUUCAGACAGUCAUCUGAGAUCUUUGUCCCCUUAUGCUCUCAUUACAAGAAACACAGCAUUGUUCUCCAACCAGAUAUCACCCAAGGAUUCAAGCUUUCCACUUGAUGGAAGCGCAUCAAGUUACCCUUAUAUGUCCAUGAAUUCUCCAUACAUGUCUGCAACUGCACUGCUACAGAAAGCUGCGGAGAUGGGAGCAAAGACCAGCCAGGAUCCUAUAUCACCAUUGCUCCUAAAAAAUUUCCCAAGUAAUGUGACUACUCCUCGAGAUCACAUGGAAAUAUCUUCUGGAAGUCAAGGAGACUCCCUUGGGAAUUCAGCAGCUAAUAGUGUUGGCAUCAAGACAGCUGAAGAUGAGGGCUCUUACAUGAAUGGUCGCAAUAACAUUCUGAUGAACUCACCAUGGGUGAGUAGUUACAGACCUACUACAGUGCCUUUAAUUGGACUGAUGAAUCAUCCAUUUGCCAUGAGAGCAGAAAAGGAGAGCCCUGGCAUAUUUCCUGGAAGUCAGACGCAGCACAGCAGGCAGGAACAUAUUUCAGGGGUAGGAGACGCUGGACUAACCCAAGACUUUCUGGGCUUAGGAGGCAGUGGGAAUUUAGAAAUGAGUUCUGAGACUUACAAUGCAGAUGUGACAGCACUAAGCUAUUCUGAUGAGCAGCAGAAGCAACAGGAACAUAUCUACUCUUACCAUCAGUCAUCUCUUGAUUCCACUGCACUGGAGAAACCCAUAUGGGAAUCUUAAUGCAGACAUUUUACUUACUCUGGUAGUUCAGCUUCAGCUAAGCUGUCCUUGAAGUAGUAGCCGUUAAGCUGGUAUUAACAUGUGCCAGGCAGUAAAAGCCUUGUUCUGUUAGGCUAAAUGGGGUUUAACAGAGCAUUUCUAUAGGAUGAUUAAAGGUCUAGCUCAGUAUCAGAGUGACCAAAAGGAUAGCUUUAAGGAAUUUCUGUACUUUCAUUCAAGAGAUAUCAAUAAAUACUUUGCGUUCUAUUGGAAAAGGAAAGCAGGACAUGUGGAUGCAAAUUGUAGAACAAUCCAUUGGGGUCAACAAUUUAAUUUAUUACAGUUACAAAAUAAGAAGAACCACAGACAACAGAUUCCUUUGCUCUUUUGAAAGAGCAAAUGGCAGAUUUUGUUUACCCUUAAUUUUAUGAGACUUUAGUUAUAUGAAUGUGGCGUUCCCAUUAUUUUCCCACAACUAAUGCCCUAAUCCGGGAGCCAUGAUCCAAAUUAUUUUGGGCCCUGAAGUAACUUCACAAUGUUGCUUCCUACCCGUACUUCGGUGUUCUCUACAACUUCUUUACAUGAAUGCACCAUAAGAGCAAUCUAUCUGUAUACAGGAUAAAGUGCAAAAGCUGCCAAAUGUGUUCCUAGCAUUAAGAAUACCCAUACACCAGAAAGUUCCUGUUCGAGUAUAAGUGAAUUGCCCGCCUCUUCCCAUUAGCUUAAGCUUUUGGGUUAAAUUGUUUAUGCAUGCAACUCAAUAUGGUAUCAAAGCCAGAGGUCUCGAGUUCGAAUCUUGGUGGGCGCGAUUAAAUAAAAUAAUUGCAGCCCAAUCCAAUUUCCACGUUUGAGGCCUGAGGGAGAGCCUGCAUGUGAGGGGGAGUGUUGGAGUAUAAGUGACUUGCCCACCUCUUCCCAUCAGCUUAAGCUUUUGGAUUGAAUUGGUUGGUGCAUGCAACUCAAUAGUUCUAUUGAUGUUGUUACAGAAGAAAAGACAAAAGGAGCAAAGUGAUGCUAGUGAUGGUUGAGCUUCAGCUAUGACUGACCCAUAUGCGGGUCAAGAAACAGUACGUUGGCACUAGACUGCCACACCUAGUUUAUACUGAAGCUGAUGCAGACAUGUCAAUUAUGUUGGCAUGAGAAAUCCUUCAGUCAUAUAUGCUAGUAACACUAUGCCAUGCCUCGCACAUUUGUACUAUCGAAACAUUUAUCGAACGAGGUCUCAGAAGCUACACUUUCAAAAAUUUGUAUCAUCCAUAUCUCUGAAAUAUUGAAACGACAUGGCUUGGCCAAACUAGUAGCAAUCCAAUAUG